UCUGUUUGGUUUCAGAUGACAGACAUCUUGACGUUGGUGUUCAGGACCUUGUCGUCACAGACAGGUCAGAACAAGGACCCUAGUGCCGGUCCUCCACCCCCAGCACCCCACUCCAACACCCUGGUAGUGGGAGAGCACCGCCUCAGUCGCUCUGUGCUGCUACUGGCGGCCGUCACCGCCGCCUCGGAGCUCGGCGUCAGGGUGGCUUUCUUCGCCCAGACUCAGAUUCAGAGCCUCCCGGAGUGUCUGCAGAGAUGCAGCGCGACCCAGAACCCGGAGGGUCUGAAGAAAAUCACAUUCAGCUAUCCCCGGACCCUGGAGGAGCUACUCCAGCAGGUCGCCAGCCUUCACGAGUUCCCCUGCCCGCCCUCCCUCAUCAUCAUCGACAGACUGGACGGCUUCCUGCGGGGCGCCGUGGCCAGCAGCCAUGCUGGCUUUCACUCAGGAGACGAGUCUCGCGCUGCUCAUCUGGCGGCGCUGCUUUGCGACACCGCUGCCUUUCUCACCGAAGUCCUGGAAAAGAGGGGCUCCAGCUCGGCCCCCUGCCGCACCAUUGCCUCCUUCCUCUCGGACGCGGACAGCGGGCAGGAAAGCCGGGACCCCUCAGCCAUGGAUCCCAUUCUGGACGUUCUUGACCGCUACUUCCAAGCUCGCUGCACUCUGGACCAGGACAGAAGCUACGAAGCUGCCGCAGCAGCAGCACAGGAGGCCUGGCACGUCUACCUGUCUGGAACUAAAAUCCCGGAUGACCUUGAGGAUGGACCCACUUUGGCACAGGAGUGGAAACUCUUCAUUUUUCCUGAGGGUUUAAUGGAGUUCAAGUUAGUUUGAAAGGCUUUGGUCUCCCGAUGUUAAAACCCUUCAUUUUUAUUUAGAACCACCACAGCUGGCUGAGAAGUAAACUAUUAAUGGCAUCAAUUUAAUCAAACUUAUAUAUAUUAUAUAUAUAUAUAUUAUGUAGCUGAUCUGUUUUUGUUCACUGUAAUUUAUUGGCCAAAAAAUGUCCAAUGUUUUUCCCUCAAGGCCUUAAGAAAUGUGUAAAACAUCCUCAGCUAUGGAAAGGUAAGGUUUAAAAAAUAUUUCAGAAUUGUUUAUUUUGUUUUUUAUGUUUUUCUUAUUCUGUAUUAAGUGAGACAGAGAAACAUUUUUUUUAAAAAAAGUUCUUACAUAUAAUCAUACGCUUAUUUUUAAAGGCGCACCGAUCUGCUUUUCCCAGCCAUUACUGAUUUCCGGUUUCCUUUAACAGUAACGUCUGACCAACUGAUUGGAUUUUUUUUUUAAAGACUACAUGACAUAAAAGACAAGAAAAAUUGCAGCAGGUUCCUUGUUAGAGGUCAUCAAGGCAUUUCUUCGUAACCUUUGAGUUCUACUAAACUCCUAAAAAGUUCAGGAAAGUACAUCGUCGAUGUGUGUAUAAAACACAUUGAAGAAGGUUUAAUGAGUUUGAUGAACAAGGAUAAAAGUAAAUUUUUUUUCAGUGUUUGACUUGUCGAUGAAGGGAAAGCAGAUUAAAUAGUGGUGCUAAACAACGUAUUUUCAACUAAGUACCACUGUGAAGUGAUCUUUUUCGUUCUCCAGAUGUUCUUGUUUAUAUCAAAAAUACAUUUUAUGCUUUGUAAAGAU